AAUAAAUAAAUAAAUAAAUAACAAAACCACCUAUGAACACAGGAAGCUCCAGAGAGACCAAUGGCUCUUCUGGUCUGGUCCCAGUCUCUCAUUCAUCUUUGUCGAAUAACCCAAACCCAGAAUCCAACGAAACCCUCCACUCGUUGCGAAUCUUCCCGCCGUAAUUACAGAGAAAGAUUUGUUUUUUCUUCCGAAAACCCUAGAUUUUGGCCUUUGAAUACCAGAAAGCAUCGAUCUCUCCCUUUCACUACCGUCUGUUUUGCUGCAGAUGAGUCUCCUUCUUCUGAGAUCAGCUCAACUGCCAGAAUCCGUAGCGAGGUUCUCUCUCCAUUCAGAUCAGUUCGCAUGUUCUUCUACCUAGCGUUCAUAGCGAGCGGUGCACUGGGAGGGCUGAUAGCCGCGUCGCAGCUGAUCGGCGCCCUUGCGAACCCGGCCAGAUCAGCUGAGGCCCCUGAGAUCCUCAAAGGCCUCGGCAUUGACCUCGGAGCUGUAUCUCUCUUUGCGUUUCUUUACCUGAGAGAGAACAAAGCCAAGAACGCUCAAAUGGAGAGGCUUUCGAGAGAAGAGAGCCUGUCCAAGCUGAAGCUGAGAGUCAAGAACUCGGCAACGGAGAAGAUAAUCUCGGUGGGCGAUCUGAGAGGGAUCGCGAGGAUCGUUAUCUGUGCGGGUCCUGCGGAUUUCGUAGAAGAAGCCUUCAAGAGAAGCAGAGGGUUCGCUGAUGGGCUCUUAGAGAGAGGUGUGAUUGUAGUGCCUUAUGCGACUGAUGGGAACUCACCCGUUCUUGAUUUUGAGGGAAGUGACGACGUCGAAGAUGAUGGAACGCGAGAGAGGAGGAUGAGACUGUGGAGGCUGGAUCCAGUUUACGUCCUCGAAUGGGCAAAAUGGUUAGACCAGCAAAAGAAGCUUGCCAGUAUCUCCUCGGACUCUCCAGUAGCUGGGUGUUGUAGGUAUCUGUCACUGCGUUUGGACGGGCGUGUUCGUGGGAGUGGAGUGGGUUACCCUCCAUGGCAAGCAUUGGUCGCACAGCUUCCUCCGAUUAAGGGAAUGUGGACCGGCCUUCUCGACGGCUUUGAUGGCCGAGUUUAAUACAUUUCAAUCAUAUCUCCGAAUUCUAUAUCUAAUGUUUUCUCCAUAGAUUUACCAAGCAAGGAUUCACAAUGUAAGAACAACAUUAGAAGAAGAGAAGGUCAACCUCUUGUUACA